UAAGGAAAAAAGUCACUUAACUUUUAAAGUGUGACUUAUAUGUAGCCGGUUCAAACUUGUUUGUGAUGAGUGUGUAUGUGUUGUCACAAGGUUCUUCCAACAUUUCAACUCUACUCUUGAAUUGCUAUGUUGUAAAACAAAAAUGUUCUGAUAGCAAAGAUUAUUCUGAAAGGUGGAUCGAGACGGGAGAAAAGGAGACGGGAGAGCAGCAAUGUUUAACUGAAGUAAUAAAGAGUUUCAAUGUAAACAACACAUGGAAUAAAGAACUUUGGGGCACAAUGGUCAUUGACAUCAAUAUGGCAGGGAGGUGGGGAGCAAUGCAAGGAAUAUCAAGCAAGCCAGAUGUUUCAGGAAAUAAAUGGAAGAAGGCGUAUUUCUUUACGGGAAUGAAGACGGAUGGCUUUCUGAGUUUAGUCCACAAAGAAUGCCUACGUUGAAAGAACGAACUGAAUAACCACCAUAUGAAGCCCACAUGGAACAAAGCAUGAAAAGCAUGUAAUAAUUUUUUUGACUGGGA